GUUUCAAUCUUUAACUUAUCUUACUAUAUAUUUAUUCUUUGAUUUUUAGAUCUAUUUGCGAAAUGGAUUCGGAUUCUGAGAUGGAUUUUCAUAUGAUGUCUACAAUGACUACGGCUUGUGCAUUAAUGACUAUUUGGCUUGAUAAAAACAAUAUGUUAGAAGAAUCACAAGAACAUCAACGAAAUUGGACAGGCGCACAGGCUGCGAAUGCGAUUAUUAAUGGACCGGGGCCAACAUGUUUUAACUACAUUCGUAUGCACAAAGACGCUUUCUUUAGCCUUCGUGAUAUGAUACAAGAAAAGAGUAACCUACGAGGCACAUUUGGCGUAUCACUGGAAGAAGAGUUAGUAAUUUUUCUUCAUAUAAUUAGCCAUAAUAUUAAGAACCGUGUCAUGCAACAUCAUUUUAACCAUUCUGGGGAAACAAUUAGUCGUCACUUUAACAGAAUGCUUAAUGCAGUUGUACUUUUACAACGCGAUAUUAUAAAACCACCUAGAAAUGGUGUACCACCCGAAAUAAUGAAUAGUACGAGAUUUUUCCCGUACUUUAAGGAUUGUGUUGGAGCCAUAGACUGCUCACAUAUUCCAGCGAUGAUCAGUAUAAAAGAGCAAGCCAAGUGGCGUAAUCGAAAGGGAUUUAUUUCCCAAAAUGUGUUAGCAAGCUGCUCUUUUGAUUUAACAUUUCAAUAUGUACUAGCGGGGUGGGAGGGAUCGGCUUCAGAUUCACGAAUACUGGCAGAUGCUCUUAACAAAUAUUACUUAGUAGAUGCUGGUUUUGCGAAUGCGCCGGGCUUUUUGGCACCAUUCCGUGGCGUUCGGUAUCAUCUAAAAGAAUUUAGGCAAGGUUGUCAACCUAGGACAAAGGAAGAGUUGUUUAAUCUUCGUCAUUCCUCAUUGCGGAAUGCUAUAGAACGCGCUUUUGGAGUAUUGAAGGCACGAUUUCCCAUAUUGAAGAUUGCUUCAGGCUAUCCUUUAAAUACACAAGUCAAUAUAGUCGCUGCAUGUUGUAUCCUACAUAAUCAUAUUAUCAAUGAAAAACGUGAUCAAGAGCUUGAUUUUGAAAAUAACAAUGAUAUUGGUAAUGGUGAAGAUGAAAGUGAGAUGCAUGAAGAUGAAGGUAAUGAGAGUAGUGAAGAUGAGAAUGAAUGCGACUUCCGAAAUGAAUCUGCGGCUGCUAGGAGGGAAAAACAAAGAUGGAGGGAAUUUCGACUUGGACUUGCGUCGGCUAUGUGGGAAUCAUAUAAGCUAGAACAAAACAUCAAUUAG